UUAAGGUGGUGUGAGAUGGCUAUAUCGCUGCAAUCGUCGCAAAAUUCCAGAGGUGUGUCGGUAAGAUCUCUUUCGAGCAUGCGGGAAGAAUCCCUGCCAAUGCUAGCAGAGCGGUUGCUUGCCAGCCGAGCCGCAGCGUUGGUUGCGGGUCUUCCAGCUGAGUUAUACUCCGGCGCUCUCUUGGCGGCAUGGCCUCCGUCGCCCCCGGCGCCCUUGCUGCCUCCGCCUGCCCCAGAGCUAGAGCGAGCGCGCAAACGUCGUAGAACUCCUAAGCUUGAUGACACUACAUCGAGCGCUCCACCCUCACCUCCUUCGUCUGGAUCGUCUCCCGGGGCAGCUGAUCCACCGCGAGACAAAUUAUUCACUUGCAAGGUCUGCUCUCGCUCGUUUGGGUACAAGCACGUUUUGCAAAAUCAUGAACGCACCCACACCGGCGAAAAGCCUUUUGAAUGUGGAGAAUGUCACAAACGUUUUACACGUGACCAUCAUUUGAAAACUCACCUUCGCUUACACACUGGCGAAAAGCCUUAUAGUUGUCCACAUUGUCCCCGACACUUCGUCCAAGUUGCGAAUCUUCGCAGGCAUCUGCGCGUGCACACUGGCGAACGCCCAUACGCAUGCGCCCGCUGCCCGGCACGUUUCUCAGAUUCCAAUCAACUGAAAGCGCACGCUUUAGUCCAUGAUGGGGAUGCUCCAUUCGCCUGUCGUUGCGGUGCAAGAUUCAGGCGGCGACAAGCUGCUGCUUUACACCGCUGUUCAAGUGGCGGUUGCGACACAGGGACCCCGAGUCCCCCGGCGGCUCUAUCAGCCGACUGGCGUUGGGACGAGUGGCCAGAACAAACCGAGCCUGAAGAUCUUUCUCUUCCGCGACGACCGGCGACGCCGGACUCUCCAACUGAUUUACGCGUGCACUCCGCGUAG